AAUAUGUAUCAUAAUGUUUUUUUAUCUGAUACUCCAGAUUAAUUAAUUACAUAUUACAAAUGAGGAAAAUCUUAAUUUAUUAUGAAUAUUGACUAAAUAAUAACUUAUGAUGGUAUAGUAAGAUUACAAAGAGGUAAAAGCAAAAGAAAAAAAAAGCUUGAGGAGCAAAUAUGAAAUAAAAUAAAACACAGAGCAACAAGGAAGAAAAAAAAGCCCCCCUCAAGAUAAGAAAGCUGAGACUUUCUUGCAUCGUAUAAAUACGUCGAGGCUUGAAAAAGUUCAUUCAUCAUCGUUAUCGUCUCCAAGUCUCUCCUCUCUAUAGGAGGAAGAGAACACAAUCUCCAAAGAAUGGGGAAAUACGCGGAGCUGUUGGAUGCAGGCGUGAGAAUAGCGGCGAGGUUUCACUCUCACUGUCCUCAGACGGCGCGUCUCUAUUACCAUCCUCCUUCCGACAACCACCACCAUCACGGCGUCACCGACUUAAUCGGAGGUGGGGUUUUCAGUGGUUCGGGUCAAGAUUCGACCGGGUUGGUAGGUGGGUUAGGAACCGGAACUGCUGCUAGUUGCGGUCUAAAGCCUUCUCAAGGGUAUGAAGACGCUAGAGAUCUCUUGUUAUUCUCUUUUGUCUGAUUUAUUUCUCCAAAAAAAUGAAAAAAUAAAAUAAUUAUUAUAAAUUUUUGAUGAGCCAAGUUUUGAUUUUGAUUUUCUUUUUCUGUUUGCUUUAUUGAUUGAGACAGCUGUUCUUAUGAGGUUCCGUGAUACAUUUUGUUUCUUGCAUGUUCUGUAAUGGUACAUGUCUUGUUUUGUAUUAUAACUAAACGAUAGAAGAAGACUCAUGGAUUCAA